GUGCGCUUCCGCGUUGUCAGAAAUCUGAACAUACGGAAAGGCGAGUUUUACAAAACACUCGUCAGCAGCAGGUGUUUUGUUAUGUGAUGUGAUGCCGCCCUGGUGCUGCUGAUCUGUCACCAUCACCACCACCAUGCCACUGGGAGACAACCCACACGUGCUGCUGGGCAGGAUCCGCUUCCUGAACAGAUGCAUUGAGAGUUUCAGGAGGAGCGAGUCUGUGCCCGAGUGUCUCUGCUACGUCCCCAGGGAGGUUUGCUACAAGAUCUGCAAGGAUUCCUCCUCCAGCUCCUCGUCCUCCUCUGGACCCUCUGCGGGAACCUCCACCGUAGGAAAAACACUCAUCUCUGUCUUUGAAAGUCCUCAUCAGAUCUCCCACAGCAAGAAAUCAUGCAAGUACACCUUGGAACCAAAGAAAGGGACGUGCAUCAGGACCACGGGGGAAGAGUACUGCAACAGCCAGGGCCUGUGGGUGAAGAUGAAUAAGGAGCAGCUGGAGGAGCACCGCCCGGGCCAGGAACUGGAGGAAGGCUGGAUCCUGGUGUGCAAACAUACAGAGGGAGGGGACAGGCUGGUGCCCGUGGAGUCACCAGAGACCAUCAGCAGGCAACAGCAGCUCUUCGGCUACGACCACAAGGCCUGCAACAGGUGGGAGCAGGUGGUGGAUGUGGAAAACGCACUCUACAUCGGCUCCAAACCCAAGAUUGCUCCGUGUGACGCUGCCUCUGUCCAGAAGCUUCGGUACGUUCCUCCCAACUGGACGUACGAAUGUGACGAGGACCUGGUGCACUACUUCUACGACCACAUCGGGCGGGAGGACGAGAACCUGGGGAGUGUGAAACAGUGUGUAACCAGCAUCGAUGUGUCUUCAUGUGCAGAAGAUCCCACUGGUGGGGUGAGCUGUCUGACGGACGGCGACACUGAAACUUACUGGGAGAGCGACGGCAUGCAGGGACAGCACUGGAUCCGCCUGCACAUGAAGAGAGGCACUGUUGUCAAUAAACUGAUAUUGACGGUGGACUCAACGGACGACAACUACAUGCCCAAGAGAGUCACAGUUUAUGGAGGAGAAGGCGACAAUCUGAAGAAGCUGAGUGACGUCACCAUAGACGACAAUCUGAUCGGAGAAGUUUGUGUGCUGGAGGAUAUGACCUCCCACCUUCCUGUCAUCGAGGUUCGAAUCGAGGAAUGUAGAGAUGAGGGGAUUGACGUGCGGAUCCGAGGCUUGAAGAUCAAGUCGUCGUGUGAAAGGGACCUGGGUCUGAACGCAGAUGUUUUUCAGUCUUCAAACCUGGUGCGCUACCCGCGCCUGCAGGGCUCCCCACCUGAUGUCCUGUAUCGCAGGGCGUUGGUGAUCCAGAGGUUUAUCUCUCUCCUGGACGGCGUGCUGCCCCACCUGGUGCCAGCCUGGGACUACAGCCUGGGCACCUUUAACCAGAUCAAAAGUAUAAAGCGGUUCUUACUGCUGUCCAAACGCCGCGCAGCCCUCAUCACUCAGUGCCUAAAGGACUCGGAGACGAGUAAGCCAAACUUCAUGCCUCGACUUUACAUCAACAGACGGCUGGCCAUGGAGCACCGAGACAACCCGUCUAUGGACCCCACGAGCAAAAACGCUGUUUUCAGUCAGGUGUUUGAGGGUCUGAAGCCAUCUGACAAAUUUGAGAAGACUUUGGACUAUAGAUGGCCCGCACGCUACGACCAGUGGUGGGAAUGUAAGUUUAUUGCUGAGGGAAUCAUUGACCAGGGAGGAGGAUUUCGGGACAGUCUGGCAGACAUGUCGGAGGAGCUGUGCCCCAGCUCAGCCGAGUGUCCCAUGCCUCUGCCGUUUUUCACACGGACGUCAAACCAGGGUGCCUUAGAGGCCAGAGAUUACUAUGUCCCCAACCCAUCCUGUAAAGACUUCCAAAAGUUUGAGUGGAUCGGUCAGCUCAUGGGCGCUGCACUCAGAGGGAAAGACUUCUUGGUUUUGGCUCUGCCGGGGCUCGUGUGGAAGCAGCUGACCGGGGAAUCCGUAAGCUGGAACAAAGACUUCCCUGCUGUUGACUCAAUGCUGGUAAACUUGCUCGAAGCCAUGGAGAACAUGGAGAAAGAGACUUUUGAGUUCAGGUUUGGGGAGGAGUUGGUCUACACCACCCCACUGACUGACGGUCAGCUGGUGGAGCUCAUCCCCAGCGGCAGCAAUGUGGCGGUUCGUUACGAGGACCGCAGCGAGUUCAUCCGCCUGGUGCAGAAGGCUCGGCUGGAGGAGAGCAAGCAGCAGAUUGCAGCCAUGCAGGCGGGGCUGCUGAAGGUGGUUCCUCAGGCCGUGCUGGACCUGCUCACUUGGCAAGAAGUGGAAAAGAAAGUGUGCGGAGACCCGGAAAUCACUGUGGAAGCCUUGAAACGACUCACACGCUUUGAGGACCUGGAACAAAGUGACGUUCGAGUGCAGUACUUAUGGGAAGCGCUAACAAACUUCACCAAUGAGGAUCGCAGCAGGUUUCUGAGGUUUGUAACUGGUAGAAGUCGUCUUCCCGCACCCAUCUAUGUCUUCCCUGAUAAACAAGGCUCGGAAACAACUGAUGCACUUCCACAAUCCUCCACAUGUUCCAGCACCCUUUAUCUACCGAACUAUCCAAGUGCGAAGGUUUGCGAGGAGAAGCUGCGUUACGCUGCGUACAACUGUGUGGCCAUCGACACUGACAUGAGCCCCUGGGAGGAGUGAUCUCCCUGCUGCUUCGCUAAAAGUUGCCCACGCAGAGUCACAGUUCUAUGAAGAAACAUGGCCAAGUUUAUCACCGUAUCUUCACCAGUUCCUAGCAACUAAAACUGUAUAUAAUAAAGGAAUAUAGG